GCGUGCGGUCAAGCGAGGUCGCCGUGACCAGAGGGCUAAAACAGGGAUGUCCUUUGUCUCCUCUCCUCUACAUGCUAUACGUGUCCCGGGUGGAACGUCAACUUCUGAAGUUGGGUCUUGGGUUCACCCUUGGGUACGUUGACGGGGGGAUGAAGGGCUGCUGGGUAUUACCUGGCCUUGUUUUCGCGGACGACAUCGUGCUCAUGGCAGGAAGUGCUACAGAUCUUCAGGCACAGAUGAACAGCUGCGCAGACAAAAUGGCGGCAUUAGGCCUUUCAUUUAAUGCCAAGAAGUCUGCGGUGUUGCACUUUUCCGGCCCUGCCGAAGUUGAUCGAUCCUUCACGCUUCCUGGAGGCGAGGCUGUCGAACAGGCGACUGAAUAUAGGUACCUGGGCGUCAACCUGUGCACGCAGCCUGACUACACUGCUACCCACGAAGAUCACCUACGUACGGCGUCAAGGCGGGCUGGCAGUGUCCUACGCCGGCGAGGCUUAUGGGGCUUCAACCGCUACGUCAUGGUUCGCGAGCUCUGGAAGGCGGUACACGUCCCUACUCUCACCUUUGCCAACGCCAUCAUUUGCAUGUCUUUGCCGACUCGAGAGUGGCUGGAGCGAGGCCAGCGGGUCGUCGGACGCCUCGGAACGGGAUGCCAUGGGAACGUCGCCAACGAGGCCAUCCAGGGAGACCUUGGCUGGUCAAGCUUUGAGGCACGCGAGGCCAAGAGCAAGAUUUCGUAUGAUGGGCGGCUGCGGGCGAUGGGGAAGCACCGGUGGGCACGCAGGGUGUUUGACUACGUCACUGUCAACGGCGUGCGAACAAGGUGGAUGAAGCGUCUGCAACAACUGCGCAAGAAGUUUGGGUUUUUUUGUUGCCCUACGCAAGCGGAAAACGCCCAGGUAUCGGCCAAGGCGGUAAGCAAUCAGGUGCGCCAACGCGAAACAGAAAUGUGGCGAAUGGCCAUGGACACCAAGUCGACACUGCAGCUGUACAGGACGUGCAAGACAGACAUCCACCGGGAGGACUUCUACGACAACAGCAUUGGGAGCAGUCUGUUGUUUGAGGCGCGGGCCGGCGCACUCAGAACGCUGGAAUAUCGCCACCACUUCGACCCCACCAUAGCCAGCACCAUCUGUAGGGCAUGCGGUGAGGAGGACGAGAGCAUCGAACACAUAGUGCUCCGAUGCAAGAGGCUUCCGACUUUACCGCCAGAAGACGCCACCUUCUCACGCACCCUGGGAUUUCGCUCAGCCGACGACGCCACAUCAGGCAACGGGGACGAGGUGCUGCUGGCUGCGGUGAUGGUGACGAAAAGACGGCUCUCCGAGUGGUGGACCCUAGUGCGCCGCUAGUGAACCUCUUCCUUUACAACGUUGCCCCAUUUUUUUCUUUUUUUUUUCUUUUUUUUUUCUUUUCUCUUUUUUCUUUUUUUUCCUUUUCUUCUUUUUUCUUUUUUUGCCCUUAUUUUUUUGGCCCGAGUAUGAAUACUGCUCACCCGUUACAAAGGGUACGGCCACAAGUUCACUUCACUUCACUUCACACAGCUGAUUAUCCUUUUUAAUGAUAAUCAGGGCAGCGAGCAUAGGAUACAGGAGGUUACGCUGGAGGUGGUGGAUAAGUACAAAUAUCUUGGAGUGUGGAUAAACAAUGGGGCUGAGUACCUAACGGAACAUGAAAAAUAUGUAACGGCUAAAGGUAGCAGAAAUGCAGCUGUGAUGAAAAAUAGGGCACUGUGGAAUUACAAUAGGUACGAAGUGGUGAGAGGGAUUUGGAAAGGGGUGAUGGUCCCUAGUUUGACUUUCGGCAAUGCGGUCCUGUGCAUGAGAUCAGAGGUUCGAGCAAGGUUGGAAGUUAACCAGUGAGGGGUAUAGGUAGACUUGCUCUGGGAGCACACGGAAAUACACCAAAUCAGGGGGUACAGGGUGACAUGGGAUGGACGUCAUUUGAGGGCAGGGAAGCCAGCAGCAAGAUAGAACUUGAGGAGCCAUUGAGAGAAAUAGCAGAAAAGCGGUGGGCAAGGAGAGUUUUCAGUUAUUUGUACAUGAGGAAUGUUGACACAGAAUGGAGGAAGCUGACCAGAAAAUUGUCAAUCAAAUAUUUGGACUGCAGGAGGGGUGCAAACCAGGAAACAGCGGUUAAGAAAAAGGUUAA